AUGGAUGCUGUUAGAUAUCAUUUGAGUCAUUUUAUGGAUUCACGUAAAACACUGUGUGAUCGAUUGCGCACGAUCGAAGCGAGAAUGGAAAGUUGCCGACAAGAUGGUAAACCUUAUGAUAUGUAUAUUGAAGAAAUGAACAGUCUAACUGAAUCGAUUCAAUGUCAAACACAACGAAUUAGCGACUUACAACAAAAACUUAUGGAUGCUGGUGAAAUAUCGUCGACAGAUGCCUCCGGUCCACCUGAUUCGACUGGUCAAAUACUCUCAUCUCGUUUAUGUCAACUACACAGCAUCCAAGAAGCACGAAUAGCUUUGAAAUAUCUAUUCAGACAAGCAUCGUCAUCUGAAGUUUCUAAGAUUAAUUUAGAAACUCAAAUAUGUGAAUUGCAGUCCCAACUGAAUGCAGAGAAACGAAAAUCUGAGGAGAAUGUAAGUUGGAAUGAUAAGUUUUCUACUGAAACACCAGUACUCGAAUCCAUUUGUGAAGUUCUUAAGUCGACGUAAAAAUCCUAUACCAUAUGUGCCUUGUUGAAGGGGAGCGUUAUCCAGUAUGCUACUACACAAAUAAAUUAGAUUAGCAUAAUUUUAAAACUUGUGUUUGAAGAGAUCACGACAUCGCCUAGAAAUC